AUGGACUGCAGGGCUGUUCAACUCGUUGUGUUCCUUGUUCUGGCUUAUAAUUGCUUCGGAAAAAGUAUGUUAGCCUUAAUUUUGCUUCAAGUUUCACAUCUCUCUGUGUUGAUUACAAGUGAAAUUUUUUCUUGGUUCAAAAAAAUACAGCAUAAUUGAAUCUGAUAUAAAAUAGUAUUGCAAAAUUUUUUUCUUUAUGUCGCACGUCAAUCCAAAAUAGAAGAAAUAAUUUCCCGCCCCUUUUUGGUGAUUCGUUCAAAACGAAAUGUCACUAUCCGAUAAAACGCAUUUUCUUGUCUUCUUUCUCCCUUUUCGAGAAAAAGCAAUUAUUUCGGGCGAAAAAAGUGCCGAUAAUUUCGCAACAUUUCGUCUCCCUUUUAUUGUUAAAUCAAUGAAAACGAUACGAAGUUUCGAAACGGUUCAGGAAAUGCGCUGGAUUGACGUACGUCGGCGUUUUUUGAUAAAAAAUCCAGACCCUUACCGUAAAAAAAAAUUGUCAUGCCUGAAACUGUAUCAUCUCUUCUCUCAAUUCUUUUCUACCAGGUACAAAAGAAUGUCUUUGCCAAGAAGAAACCUGCAAACGGAGGAACUACGAGUCUUGCGUACGGGGUUUCCUAAACGAAGAAGGCUCCUGCGACGUCUCCUGCCGACGUCCCGGCCAUUGUCCCAAUGCAAACUGCUCCUGUUCUGAUGCGGAAUGCCGUCUUCUUGGGUUUGAUGAAUGUGCCGGAACCUACUGCCAAGACGGAGAAUGUAAACCGAGCUGUUGUCAAAAACAGGAGUGCGAAUGCGAUCAUGAUUACUGCAUCUCGCAGGGGUAUACAAUGUGUACCAAGGCGUACAUGAAGGACGGGAAAUGCAAGCCUGUGUGUCGAGGGCCGACUUGUCCUAAUAAGAAUUGCACUUGUGAUGACAAAGAAUGCCAGAGACAGGGAUUCGAAAGAUGUGCUGGGACUUAUUGUGAGAAUGGAGAGUGUAUGAUCAGUUGUUGUGAUAAGGUCGGGACAAACGUGACAAUAAUUCCAACUCGAUCCACUAAACUUACAACCGCCUCGCUUAGCACUCCCGUCACAUCACCAAGUACUUCAAUAACAACACCCAGCACCACUCCAACCACAACUACAACCAAAAAACCCGGCUGUGAGUUAUAUAAUAAAGCGAUCCGGCUGCCUUCAAAGUACCGUAACUCCAAAACUCCUUUCAUUUUCGCGCAUUUUUGAUAUGUUGUUACACCUAUGUCAAAGUAUUUUUGAGAGGUUUCAAAAGUUGAGACAAGUUCUCUGCAAAAAAGUUACAUUCAAUAUGGUACCUUGGUAUUUUCCAAAGUAGUCGAAGGCAACAUCCUACGGUAAAGUUGUCAAUUAUGAAAAUGUUCCCCAUGGUCAAAAACGUAAAACAGCGAGGUUUUGUGCCUUUACUCCAUGGGAUUUCUACACACGAACCCAAUCUUUCUGAAAAUUGUACCUACCGUAACCCCCGUAUACGGUAAUUUCAGAAACUAAAAAUUCGCGCUGACGUUCAACUAUCAUAGUACAACAACUAUGCAAAAUAUGUAGUACAAAAAUCUUUUGGCCUGACCUAAACAUUUUUGCGUCAGGACCCAUGGAAGAAACAUGCAUUUUUUUGGGACACCCUGUAAAGGUGUUUUCGAGUUGGGCGUCCACAUUUUUGUUCACCGAAAAUUGCGAUUUGGGAAAAAAAAUUUGUGAAUUCUUAUACGGCCACCUUUAUAUAUUACACAUUUUCAUCAAUUACAUAAUAUAUUUCAGGCAAGCCCUGUCGAUGUGGACGUUGUUGUGGCGGUUGCCGAGGGCGUUGUUGCGGAAAGUAAGAAAUAAUGGCAACUCAAUACAUCCCUUCUUCCUGCGAUGUUACUGA